CCACUUUAAUAUAUUUUUUUCUGCUCCAGGUGGCUUGAAUAAGACGAUGAAGAUGGCUUUGUAUAUCGGGGCGCCCAUUGUGGGUGUCCUUCUUUUACUGGCCAUUCUCUUCGCCCUAUGCUUCUGUAGGAGCAGAAACAAGGAAGGUUAUCAGCCUCCGGUAGAGUUAAAGGAUGGACAAGUUAUUUUACCGUCGCAUGGUCACAGACUCUACAUUGAUCCUAGCAACUAUGAAGACCCCGAGGAAGCCUUGCGAAGUUUUGCCAAAGAGCUGGAGAAGAAGUGGAUCUCUUUAGAAAAGAUCAUUGGAGGAGGUGAAUUUGGUGAUGUUUACCAAGGGACGUUAUCACGGCCAGACGAAGAGCCUAUUCUUGUUGCUGUCAAGACUUUAAAGGUGACCUCUGUAGUUCCUUUACUUUCCUCUAGCUCGCAGAAAUUGGACGGCAAGCUUACCAUACUACAGCUGCUGGGAAUGGCACGAGGUGUCUCUUCAGGCAUGAAAUAUCUGUCUGAAAUGAACUUUGUUCAUCGGGAUCUGGCUGCUCGUAAUAUAUUGGUGUCAGAAAACAUGGUUUGUAAAGUCGCAGAUUUCGGCCUGUCCAGAGAACUAGAGGACUCUGCUUAUGAAACAUCGGGAGGUAAGAUUCCUGUGAGAUGGACGGCGCCAGAGGCGAUUGAUUAUCGUAAAUUUACUGCAGCGAGUGAUGUGUGGAGCUAUGGAGUGCUCUUGUGGGAGAUCAUGUCAUUUGCUGAAAGACCUUACUGGGAUUGGGGUAACUAUGAGGUAAUGGACCGAGUGAAGGGAGGAUAUCGUCUUCCGCCUCCGUUGGAUUGCCCAAAGGCCAUUCAUCAAAUCAUGUUGAACUGCUGGAAUGUUGACCGCAAUAAGCGACCCAAGUUUGCUGAAAUCGUGAAGAAGCUAGACCAGCUGAUUCGCUCCCCUGACAAGCUCAAUGAAGUGUCUACUACUGUUCCCAAGUCGCCCAAGAUGGAAUACACCGAAAAGACGACCGUACAUGAUUGGCUAGAGAGCAUCAAGAUGGGACAAUACAGCGACAUGUUCAGCAAAGCAGGCUACACGCACCUGGACCAAGUGGCCAAGCAGGAUGAACUGGAUCUUAACGACAUGGGAAUCAAGCUCAUCGGGCACAAGAACAAGAUUAGGAAGAGUCUUAGAGACGUUAAGAAGACUUUGGACAAAGAACCCUUCCUUCCGGUGUAACUCUCAGCGCGGAUUGGUGACGAGCCUGAGAUUGCGCGAGACUGGGAACAAAGGCAUGCGCUUCAGCGAACUGACAGGGAUUUAGAUAAGUGCAGAAACAAAAGAAUGGACAUGGAGAAAUUUACGAAACUCUUGUAGGAACGACACCGUGGAUUAGUUUAAGCGUAUUUGACGAUUUUUAACAUUGCAAAUUUACUAAUUUCGCCAUAAUACAAUUAUUGUUAUUACAAAUAACAAGUUACCCCACACAGCAGUACACUAUUUCAAAUGGGUGGAAAUCUUGAAGGGUGGAAUCCCCGAAGUACGGACAACAACAAAAUUCCUUCAUUUUUUAUCCCAAUCUACUGACGAGUCAAUUAUAGUUGUACGGAUCCCUGUUGCUGUUGACUAGUCUCUCAAAGCAAAAUGCGCUCAGGUGCUGUUAAUUGACCUUUUCGUCUCUUUAUUGAAAGGAUAUUUAAGUCGGUUUGAAAUGGGGAAUUGCCUGGGGUCUUGAAAAUUUAGCACACAUGUAUCUAUGGUAUGCUUGUAGCAAAUAUCGAACAUUGCGAACAAUUUUAUUAGUGAUGUAGAACUUUAAGUUAAAAUAUCAGCAUGGGUCUUGUUCAAUUCCAUAUUAGCUUUAUUGUCGCCAUAAGGAGUACGGUUUAAUCAUAAUUUAUUACUUUGGGAAGUAUGAAUUGAAUUUGUAACAAGCACGCUGCGCUACACUUGUGCACAACCCUUGCGCUCGCACAAAUACUUCUAUUUUUUAGGGGUAAAGUUAUAAUUUGUUAGAGGAGGUUUAAAAUGAAUAUAAAUAAAUAAUUGGCAGGUCGUGUUAAAUAGACCAAUUUCGUAUUCUCGGUACUGAACUGGAACUAGCUUGCAAUGGAGGCUCAUGGAGAGGAAUAUAAGACUCCCCGCAUUAGCCUCAGUUCCAAGCUAGAUCCAGUCCAA